AAUCCAAAAUUUCAAAGUCACACCGUUUUCUUCUCCGCCCAUAGUUUUUCUUCUUCUCCUUCCAGAAAUCCCAAUGCUCUUUCUCUGUUUUUCUCUUAUCACCGUUCUUGAAUUUCCCCUGACAUAGCCUUUUCUUCCCUCUAUAAUUUUCGUUUUAUCUCUAUCGCAAUGUUAAUUGGUUCAAUGGUUCAUUCUUUUAGCUUUUCACCUAUGAGUUUUUCUUUUACACGCAUCUCUCUUAGGUGAAAUUACAUUUUUCCUGGAGUUUGGAUCUCAUUGGGAUAUAGGGCUUACUGUGGAUUUUAAUUAUUGUGCAAAGAACACGUAAUUCGAUUUAUAAAGCUCUAUAGAAUUGAUACCUUUUAGCUGAAAUCUGUGUUUUCUAAUCUGGGUUUGGCUCAGAUUGAUUAGAAAAAUUGUGUAUUUUUUAGAAGGAAAAUAAAAAGAUGGUGACAGUGAAUCUUGGAAUGCUCCAUUAUGUAUUGGACCAUGUGUAUGGUGCGUUAUUGCAUAGAACAAAAAUAAGCCCACCAUUCUUUUCUAGAGGAUGGGGAGGUACGAAGCUUGUGCUGUUAGAGAGAAUGAUUAAGCAAUUAUUCCCUGAAGUUGAAGGACAGAAUUGGCCUCCUACAUUGGUGCAACCUGUUUGGAAAACUGUUUGGGAAUCUCAAUCAGCUACUUUGAGAGAAGGGAUUUUUAGAACUCCUUGUGAUGAGCAGCUGCUUAGUGCAUUGCCUCCUGAGAGUCAUAUGGCAAGGGUUGCUUUCCUUUCCCCCAAAUCGACGCCGCCUCAUAAGAUGGCCUGUGUUGUUCAUCUUGCUGGUACUGGAGAUCAUAGUUUUGAGCGAAGAUUGCGUCUUGGCGGUCCAUUGCUGAAGGAAAAUAUAGCAACUAUGGUGCUUGAGAGCCCUUUCUAUGGAAAAAGACGUCCAUUGCUGCAGCGUGGGUCAAAGCUCUUAUGUGUUAGUGACCUGCUGCUACUAGGACGAGCCACUAUUGAAGAAGCCCGAAGUCUUUUACAUUGGCUGGACUGUGAAGCGGGUUUUGGAAAGAUGGGUAUAUGUGGACUUAGCAUGGGAGGAGUACAUGCUGCUAUGGUUGGAGCAUUGCACCCCACACCUAUUGCUACACUUCCCUUUUUGUCUCCACAUUCUGCUGUUGUGGCAUUCUGUGAAGGGGUGUUAAAACAUGCCACUGCAUGGGAAGCACUGAGAGAUGAUCUUGCCGUGCAGGAGGCUGCUAUGACACUUGAGGAAGUGAGAGAGCGGAUGCGAAAUGUGUUGUCUCUUACAGAUGUUACACGGUUUCCAAUCCCAAAAAAUCCCAAUGCUGUAAUAUUUGUUGCUGCCACAGAUGAUGGCUAUAUUCCAAAGCACUCGGUGCUACAGCUUGAAAAAGCUUGGCCUGGCUCAGAAGUUCGAUGGGUUAGAGGAGGACACGUAUCGUCUUUCCUUCUCCACAAUGGUGCAUUCCGCAGGGCAAUAGUUGAUGGACUUGACAGACUAGAAUGGAAGGAGUCACCUUUGUGACAUUUCCAUAGUUGUGAAAAACACAUGUAAUUAUUAGGUGUUCCAUCCUCUCAUCCACUAAUUCUCACAAAACUUGAUACACUGGACCACAGCUGAUAUUUUCAAAGCAUUUGGUGGAAAAUGAAAAAAGAGUGCUGGAAGCAUUCAUCCUUUACUUCUCUUUCUGUUGUUGUAUUAUUUUAAAGUACAGUCUUUCUUUCUAGCUGUUCAAAAAUAAUGGAAUUAUUGUUUAAAUUCAUCUUCUUUUUUUUCCUGA